GAAAAAACGAUUGAUUACUCAUAAAUGUUUAGAUAGAUAGAAUAUAGAAACUAAAUUGAAAAUGAUACUUGUGUAUCCAUCCAGUGAUAAGUAGAUUUCAAUUUUACCAGAUAAAUAAAUUUUUUUUAAAAAAAUUGCAAAAACAAAAACACAAAACAAACUUGAGUUCAAUAUUUAUUUCACAUUUGAAAGUGUUGCCAUCAGGUAAAAUGAAAUAGCCAAUCAUAAGCUAUGAAUGAGUAAAUAAUAUUGAUCACAUGUUAAGCUUAUUCAAGGUUAUAUUGAAGUGAAAAUUAAUUAUGAAUAAAAUGAUUAUUAUUAUGAUAAGUUGUUGAUUAGCUAUUAUAUUACAGUUACUUGGUAAAUCUUAUUUGAUUUUAUUUAAUUUUCAUAAAUUACAGUGAAGUAAUCAAAUUGUUUGUUACUAUUAAUUAUUUAGAUAAAAGACAUGGCAUUAAUAGAAGAUUGGCCAAUAGUUGUGGAUAAUGGAGCUGGACAUUUAAAAGCUGGUUAUGCUGGAGAUGGUGGACCAAGAAUUCUUAUUCCAAUGUUAAUAGGUAGACCAACAAAAUGUUCGAAAUAUACAGACUGGUUUGUUGGUGAACAUGCAAAUGUACUUCGAAAUGAACUGAUUCUUAAUUGCCCUAUUGCUAAUGGAAUUGUAACGGAUAUUGACGGGUUAUCAUUAGUUUGGUAUUAUAUGUUUAUGAAAGAACUACGUACAAAUCCGGAAAACCAUCCAGUUCUUAUAAGUGAAUAUCCUUUAUUGCCUAAAUUUAACAGAGAAAAAUUAGCAGAAAUGGUUUUUGAGAAAUUUCAUAUGCCUGGUUUAUUCUUCACAGAUCAAUCUGCACUUGCCCUGUACGCGUAUGGGUUAACAUCCGGUUUGGUUGUUGAUGUUGGUACAGAAAUGUCUAAUAUUACACCGGUCAAUAAUACAAUUUUUAUACCGAAUGCUUUAAGGCGUCAAAAUCUCGGUGGAUCUCAUAUAACUGAAUUAUUUCGAUAUAUGCUAGCGAAAGAACAUCCUGUUGCAGCCACAUCUAUCUCACGUGAUUUUGCACGGCUUUUAAAAGAAAAAUUUUGUUUUAUUUCAUUGAAUCCAGAUGAUGAAAGAAAACAAAUCAAUUCCACUUCAAAUGCACAAAAUGUACAUCAAACACCAGAUGGUCAUAUUAUAAGUUUGACUAAGGAAAGAUUUAUGGCACCUGAAUUAUUAUUUUAUCCAAGACAAGCAGGUUUAAGUGGUACAACUGGACUACAAAAUAUUGUUAAUGAAUCUAUUCAAAAAUGUUCAGCUGAUUUACAUCCAACAUUAUAUUCAAACAUUGUAUUAAGUGGUGGUAGUACAUUAUUUCCUGGAUUUUCACAACGUUUAGAAAAUGAAUUGAACGUGUUGAAUUCACCAGUAAAUCAAAGAAUAUUUGUACAUAGAAAACAAAAUGAUCAAAAAUAUGCUGUAUGGAUUGGUGGUUCCAUUUUAGCCUCAUUAAGUUCAUUUAAAGAAAUAUAUAUACAAAAGAAAGAAUAUGAAGAAUUUGGUGCAAGAAUUGUACAUACAAGAUAAAAUUAUAUCGUAACUAUUCAUUAUUACAUAAUUUCAUUAAAAGAAGAAAAAUAUUGGGAUAAAAGUUUACAAGGAUUUAAGAAAAUAUGCAUUUUGUUCAUUGAACACUUAAAUAAACACGUACAAAUCCCCCCCCUCUCAUUCAUUAUUAUCUUAAUGAUAAUUUAUUCAGCUUAUAGUCAUAGGUAAUGAAAAUGUUCAUUUUUUUCUUUAUUUUAUGUAUCGAACUCCAUUGAUUCAUUUUUACAGAUUAUGUAUAAAUAAAUUAUUUUUUAAUUAUAAAGAUAGUAACAAAAAGAAAGAUGAAACUGAUGUAUAUUUAUAUUUUUUAUAAUAAAAAUUUUCAUAUUACAA